AUGGAUAACAGUGAUGGUAAGAAGGAGGACCCGAGUGUUCAAAAGAAGGAAAUAUUGUCUAGUUUACAGAAAAUUUGUUUAGUGUGCGGUGAUAAGGCCCUAGGUUACAAUUUCAACGCGAUUUCGUGUGAGAGUUGCAAGGCGUUUUUCCGCCGUAACGCACUAACAAGCAAAGAGUUCAAAUGUCCCUUCACGAACAACUGCGUGAUUACUGUGGUCACAAGACGAUUCUGUCAGAAAUGUCGAUUAGAAAAAUGUUUGUCUAUUGGAAUGGAUAAACAGUUUAUAAUGUCUGAGGAUGAUAAAGCUGAAAAAAGGAGGAAAAUAGAAGAGAACAGAGCGAGGAAACGACAGUUAAGAGACUCGGAUGACGCUGUAUCCAGUUCGAAAAAUCCAAAACGUGAUGAUGAUUGUGAUACCUCUUACAAUAAUGUGCCAACACAUGAUUCUGGUGUCCAAUACGACAAUUUGAGCACAACAUGCAGCCCGAGUAGUACAACCGUACAGUCACCGUUGUCUAACAAUGACUUAGAUUCAUCAAUGCAGUCUCCCGGCUAUCAAUUCCCGCCAAAUGUACCUCCUGUACAUGAAACACAUACAAAUGAUACACAAUACUCCCCAAAUAACCCACAGUACCUUAAACUUUACCCGAUAGAUGAGAAGUCAGUGAUAAAUCGGGCAAUUUAUCAACAAAGAAUGAUCUCGUCGCUAGAACCGUACAAUGUGUACGAUAAUGUUGAUAGCAACAUGUAUACAGAUACUCCUAAGCAGAAUUCAAUAAGAUCGCUACUCACGAACGGUGACAACUCGGUCCUAAACAAAGAGCCAACGUCUCGGCCGCAGCACGUUUGCGAAGAGAUACCUUCCACCAGCAAUAACCCUGACGCUAACAAAGCAAGAGACAUACUGCUGGAUGUCGAAAGAAUAGAACCAAACUCAAUGGAGUCAAUAUUGUGUGAAGCUAUCAAGUUGGAGUUUGAAGCAUAUUCAUCUGUGAACGCAUGCAGUGGAUCAUCGAGGGAGUUAAAUGAGGUCGAGCGCGCCAAGUUGAACGAGUUGAUAGUGGCAAACAAAGCGCUGAACGCUCCCAUCGACGAUGAUGUUUCACAAUUAGUGGGGGACUCUGCCACGGUAGGUAUUAAGGAUGGGCAGAACAAGCACGACCCCCGGUUAAUAACGAUAGUGAAUCUAACAGCGGUGGCGAUACGGAGGUUCAUCAAAAUGGCGAAGAAGAUCAACGCGUUCAAGAACAUGUGCGAGGCAGAUCAGGUGGCGCUACUCAAAGGAGGCUGUAUAGAGAUGAUGGUGCUCAGGAGUACGAUGACGUAUGACGGACAACGAAACCAGUGGAAGAUCCCGCACUGCCAGGAGCAGUUAGCCAGCAUCCGCACGGACGUGCUGAAGCUGGCGAAGGGCAACAUCUACCGCACGCACGAGUCGUUCAUCCGCAGCUUCGACCCGCGCUGGCGCACGGACGAGCACGUCAUCUUCAUCAUGUCCGCCAUCUUGCUCUUCGCGCCCGACCGCGCGCGCGUCGUGCACAAGGACGUCAUCAAACUCGAGCAGAAUUCUUACUACUACUUACUAAGGCGGUACCUAGAAAGUGUAUACCCUGGCUGUGAGGCGAAAUCCACCUUCUUGAAGCUCAUCCAGAAGAUUCUAGAACUGCGAAAGUUAGCCGAGGAGGUAACAGGAGUAUACCUAGACGUAAACCCCAUAGAACCAUUGCUAAUGGAGAUAUUCGAUUUGAAACACCAUGCCGCAUGA